UUUAUAUGGGUAAAGUAUAGUAUGGUGACUGGCAGUGCGCGUGGGGCAGGGUGGUUUUUGUGACAAAAUAUCUAAGUAUGCAAUGCUUAAUGAGGAGAUUGGCCAAUGGAUGAAGAAAGGCAGAGUUGGAGUGUGGGUCCCGCUACGCUACAGUACGGGCGUCCACUUAUUUAUAUAGGGUGCACCCUCAUCUUCUCCAAAAAAGGAAAACCGCCGCUUGGCUUCGUUGUCGCAGUGCAUAUGGGAUGGAGGGCAAUUGCUCCAUUGUGGCGCCCUUCGUUAUGAAGACUUAUCAAAUGGUCAACGAUCCCCUCACCGACGCUUUCAUUACUUGGGGCUCUGCCAGCAACAGUUUCCUCGUCGUCGAUCCUCUCCACUUCUCCCACACCCUCUUGCCUGCUUAUUUCAAGCACAAUAACUUCUCCAGCUUCGUCCGCCAGCUCAACACCUACGGGUUUAGGAAGGUAGAUCCGGAUAGAUGGGAAUUCGCGAACCAGUGGUUUCUGCGGGGCCAAUUUCACUUACUCAAGAACAUAGUCAGGAAAAAACACACCCCCAAUUCCAAUUCCAAUUCCAAUUUGAGCUUUGUGGGGGAUCACGACGAGGAAUUAGCGAGGGAGAUUUCGAGGUUGAGGAAAGAACAGAGGGCUCUCGAGGAAGAAUUGGAGGGGAUGAAGAAACGCCUCGAAACUACUGAGAAACGCCCGCACCAAAUGAUGACGUUUCUUCACAAAGUGGUGGAGGACCCGGAGAUUCUCCCGCUCAUGAUGCUCCACAGGGAUCCGGCCGCCGCCGAUAAGAAGAGGCGCUUCAUCGUAUCCUCUUCUUAUUCCUCCUCUCCCUCCACCACCGAAGACGACGCCGAGCCCAACCCCGGGCCCAAUUUUUGUUCGCCGGACACGGGCUUCGACGUCGAUAACUUUGUCCAGUCCUCGCCGGCCGAAUUUUGCGGUCACCUCCCUUGGAUUAUGGAGCAACCGAAUCGCUCGAUGGAAGGGUUGGGGUUGACCCACUGCACGGCGGUGGCGCCCAUGGAAAUUAGUAUCGGCACCACCGCGGUGGAGGAGACUCAUUCGCCACCGCCACCGCCACCGCCUUAUCCAUUUUCUCUGUUCGGAUGUGGCUUUUAGUUAAUUAGUUGAUUUGAUUCACAUGAUUUCUAUUUCUCUCUCGCAUUUUAUCUCCUUUCUCCUUCUUUAUUAAUAAUUCCCCCUUUCUUCUUUCUUUUUUCUUUUUUCUUUUCCUUCUUUUCUCCCACCCUCUCUAACUUAAAUGUGUAUAUAUUUUCUGUCCACUUUAAUUCUGGAAAAGAAGUAUCUUUUAAAUAAAAA